AUGAUGUAAAAUAAGCAACAAGUAAGUCAACUAAUUGGAAUUCAUUAACAGAUGGCUCAGUUAAAACGCAGGCAAUAAUCAAUUAAAACCAGAAGUGGUAGUGAAGAACCUUAAAGCAAGAGUUUGAAAGAUGCUGCUAGAAAAAUAUAGAGCCGUGCUGAUGAUGAUAAUGAUGAAACUUUAUGUACAAAUGAUGUCUUAGGGUGCAUAUACCACCAAACCAAAUUUAUGGAAAAGACUACUUGUGUCACUGCAGGUUUAUCUAAUAAUACUGAAAAAGAAGCAUUGUGUGAAGGAGCAAAAAGAAACAAUAAAUGUAAUUUGAACUUUAUUUAAUGUGCAGAAAGAGCAUGA